CACGUGUGAGCCCUAUAAAGUUUAGCUUCAAAUUAUAAUGCGUGAAUGGCAUAGACCGUCGUCCUCUGCAUACCUACUUGGAGAAGGUACUUGGUACUAUUGAUUAGCGUGGUACACUUGUUCCAUUGAGCGUUGAUAGCAUUUGCAUCGAUCGGGCGGCCUCUCUAAUACUACAGUAGGAAGUCUAGUACAUUACUUUUGCAUUUAUCGGGGAAUUAUUGUCAAGACUACAUUCGAGACCGUCGUGGUUGUCUUACUAUUACGUAUUGGAUUUCGCGACACAGCACUUCUUGGGUAUCAUGGUUUUCUGUAAGCUGCGUGAGCCCCGGAACGCCCAGGGCGGCCGAUGGUCGAGAGAUGGAUGACGUGAGGCCUGUGUAAUAUAGGCGCUGACUGGGGCCAGCGCGUUCUGGUUAUAAUUAUCCCAAUUCCGACACCUGUUGCUCAUGAAGUCGCGUCAUUCGUGCAACAUUUUAGCAAACCGAUAAUGCACGACACGCCCUCGUCUUCCGGACCAUUUCAAGCGGAAGGUAUGAUACAAGCUUGUGGCCUCCGAAAACUUGUUGAUGCUAUUGGGGAGAUGAAACCUCAUACCAGCCUAAUGGUUUCUGACGAAGACACCUCCAAUGGACGAGAUUUGCUGGCAGCCAAAAGAAGAGCUUAUGGCGGGGGAGGGGUAGCUUUGGCCCUAAGAUUUGAAGGAAACAUUUUUAGUAGACCGGACUACUACAGUACACAGUACAAAUGUGCCUUGAUUAAAUUUUCAGACCAUCUGUCAUUCAGAAGUCUAACGCGCCAAGCGGCUCCAAUCGACUGGAUCUUGAAUGGUCUCGGCUCCGUAGCCACACCUCCUAGCCAUGACUGCAAAAGUCUACUUGUACUAGGAUGCAUGUAUUCAGGCACUUCAUUGCACUGCGCGCCUUGUUUGUCGUUGAAGCGUCGCCAGUAUCUCAUUCUUUGUGGGGUUUCCUACCUGACUGGUCCAUUAUCGGUUACACGAACCUGUGGGCAUGCCCAAGGGUACGGCAGAGUGAAUCAGCCAGUCAUGAAUGAUGGCACGACCCCGUGUUGUACUAUUCGAACGGUAAUAAGGCAAGCCGGCAACUCUAUCUCAUGUCUCACCACCCGUAAUAGUGUUGCAAGAAAUCGCGCACAUGGUAGACAUAUGGUUAAUGUUACAUUUUUUUCUUCUCACAAUCACAUUCACAUGCACCUUGCAGGUUCGGCGGCUGGCAAUCCCCCAUGGCAAUCUCCUGGCGAAGCCCCGAGAAGUCCCGAAUAUCAGCAACCAUCAAGUUGCAAAUCCCACCAACAUCUCAACACCAACAAAAUAGAUAGUUGCUUUGACCCAACAUCUUCAAAGGGAAUACGGUGACGUCGAUAUCGACAUCAACGAAUCCUCUAGGAAUACAUGAAUCCGUCGGGUAAUAUCCUAGUGGAACUUCGCCUCACUGAGGUGAUGGCACAACAUCAUUGGAGCUUAAGAGUUAUCAGCCAUUUCUCCGAUUCAACCAGAUGGCCCCGAAAACGUCAGUAGGAACGGGCCGUUUGACCACCCCACAAUGCUUUUGAACUGUCUAGAGAGGUCUACAUACAU